GUAAAUGAAGAGAUUAUCUACCAUCGCACUGCAUGUGCAGUUCUUAAGUAUGAUAAUUCAGGAUGGCAGUGGCUUGUUACACUUCUUCAACAGACUCCAAAAGAAUUAGGGUGGAGAGAGUCAGAAAUUUCUUACAAUAAUAAUUCUGAUUGCAUUAAACUUCUAAAAUGGCUAGGACAUGGAAGAACUGCACAGGUCUUUGAGGGGAUUGUUUUAAAGGGACAGCAUGCAGAUCACAGGAUUGCAGUAAAGAUUGCACGAAAUUCAAUGUGUAAAAAGAUCAAAGAAGAAGUGGAGAUUCUUACGACAUUGAAGGGAAGUGAUGAUUUAGAUAGAAUAAUUAACAUCAUACAAAAUGUUCAUGCACAAGGUAUUGUGCAUCGGGAUCUUCGUAGGUGUAAUAUCCUCAGAGAUAGGGAUACUGGAACUGUCCACGUUAUGGAUUGGGGGUAUGCUGUAAAUAUUAUUAACCUUUCAUUACCAUUUGCUGGUGGACUUGACUGUGCAUCAGAUUUAGUGUUGGAAUCAGUGAGGGAUAGAAAGGAGAUUGUUUAUCAGAAGUCAGAUGAUUUAAUUAGUCUAUUGAGAAGUUUUUACUUGGUUUUACAUAGACAGGUUGAUUCAGUUGCACUUCCUCUAGGAAAUACAAAUUGUCAAGAGUAUGCUAGUAGAAUGUUAGAUUUUUGGAAAAUCCAUGGGAAAUCCAACUUAUGGAAGGAGCUAUUUGAACUUGCUAGAAAUUGUGAUUAUGAAGGGUUGAAG